AUGGAUGUUGAAAAUUGCAACUGUUUAGGCUCAAGAAAUAACUGCAUUUGGUCAAAUUAUGAGAGAAUUGGGUAUGACCCUAUUGUACGUGUCAAUGAAUUUAUGAGCAAAAUAAAGAUAGCAAGGUUGAAAACACUAUGGAGGAAGAUCAAGAGAGAAAUAAAGAGGAGAAUUUUGAAACCAUCUUCACCUGUGUUUCUAUAUGAUUCUAGCUCUUACUUACAAAAUUUUGAUGAUGGUUAUUCUAAUGAUGAUGAUUUUUCAAGGUCAUUCUCAGCUCGAUUCGCAACACCAUCCUCCAAGAUUCUUAAAAAGAAUAAUGCAGUGAUGGAUGAUGAAGAAAUAAUGGAUACAAUCAAUGAAAGCUAG